AUGUGCAGCACCGGGCUACGGAGCCAUUUCCAUCAAGACAUCCAGGUUCACCUUCAGCUUCAGCUUCUCCCCGCGGCUCUCCACGGCUCCACGAUUCCUCACUUACACGAUUUCCCCGCUUCCACGUAUCUGCGAUUCAAUCCCAUGGGCCGAGGCCACCAAACGCAUCACCCUUCCUCUUCCACGUCCCACGCUCACUCCUCUCCGAUAACCGAAACCAUCUCUCAUCUCUCCUCCGCCGAUCCCGCACCGGCGGAGCAGCGGAAGCACCUUCCGCACCCGUUGCCUGAGGGGGACAUGCGCAACCAGUCGCAGCAGCACGCGUGCGCCGCGCAACAGCCGGCGCAGCCUCAGGGAAUGGCGUUUACGGCCGGUAUUGGAAACGGGGUCUUUGUCCCCGCGCAAGGUACUUCCGCGCACCAUCCGCUGCCUCUUUCCCCGCCCUUCGAUCCCGCCACUGCUGCUGCUGCUGCAUCCGCGGCAGCGAGUGACGUCAGAACCGCCGAGACCCCUCAUCACAACGGCGUGGCGGGGGGUGCGGCCGGCAAAGCGGUAACGGCGCAGCGAGGGCAGUCGAACAAGCGAGCGGCGAUUGCGCUCGAGGGGGACGCGGAUGGCGGGGAGUUCCUGGAAGGAGCGUCCGUAUCUGCGACUCAAGAGAUGGUUCUUUCCGCCGAUAGUGCUUCCGCCACCGGCACCUCCGCGCCGCCAGCAGGUAGCGCCAGCGCACACUCUGGAGAAGCGCUCGGCGCACGAGUUGCGGAAGGGGGGGAUGCGGGGAACUGGCGGGCACCAAGCGCAGUGGCAGCAGGGGCGCUCUUUCCCCUUGUUGCUCCGCUCUUCGCCCCACACGCAGCGGCAGAAGCCAAGGCGGGAGCAACAGCACGUAACUCUUCACACGCCGCAACACCUGCAGCUGCAGCGACAGCAGCAGCAGCUUCUUCCAAUGUCACCGCUGCUGCUGCUUCUGCUGCUGCUGCUGCCGCUGCCGCUGCCGCUGCCGCUACCGCUGCUGCGUCUAUCCAUGCUACGUCUCUGCCUGCGCAUGCUCCGUGCUUUCCGUCCGUGUCGUCGUCGCUGCCCCUGUCAGCAGGCAACUGUGCGUACCCAUGCCCACUCGCCCCGGCCAGCCUCUUCCCUCUCCCAUCCCCCUCUCCCUCUCUCCCACUCGGGGCUUUUGGAUUUGGCGGUGCUCAUGCAGGCUCGUGCGCAGCAGGCGCAGGCGCAGGCGCGGGUGCACUCGGCGUGGAUGCCCCCAUCUGGCCCGAUGCCAGCUCGCCUGCGGCCGGUUCCGCCCUUCCGCCUGCGCUCUCUUCUGCCGCUUCCGCGUCCUCGGCGUUCCCCUUGCUCCCGCACACCCACCCCCAGCAGCAGCAGCAACAGCAACAGCCACAGCAACAACAGCCACAGCAGCAGCAGCAGCAGCAGCAGCACCCACCUAUUAUCCGGGCUGCUAGACCCCGCAAGGGGACGCGCUUUGUCACCCGUGCGGCUGCUGGUACUGGCGCAGGCGCAGGUGCUGUGGGCAGCGGCGGAGUGGGAAGUGGCGGCGGCGGAGCAGGCCUUGGCGCCAGCGGAGGCAGUGCUGUUGGCAGUGCCGCGGGCAGUGCGUCAGGAGCUGCUGGUAUCCAGCUGUCCCUUCCCUUUGCGCCUGUUCUCACAACGCCUGCUGCUUCUGCCGCCGCCGCCGCCGCCGCCGCCGCUGCCGCUGCUCCUGCUGCUGCUGCUGAUGCCGGUUCCUCCGCCACUGCCCCUUCUACGGUUGCAGCAGCCCCGACAGCAGCCGCAGCAGCAGCAGCAGCAGCAGCAGCAGCAGCGGCGGCAGGCGCAAGUGGCGCAGGCGUGAGGCGCACUGCGCAGGGGUCUUGGGGGGGAAGUGCCAGAGCGGGACCGGGGGAAAAGGAGGGCGGUAGCGAUGCGCUGGCAGGAGUGGGGGACAGGGGGGGCGCAGGGAAGGGCGGAGGGGCAGCAGGGGGAGGAGGAGGAGGAGGAGGAGGAGGAGGAGGAGGAGGAGGAGGAGGAGGAGGAGGAGGAGGAGGAGGAGGAGGAGGAGGAGGAGGAGGAGGAGGAAUAGGAGGUGGUGGUGGAAUAUGCAAGUUAGCUCACUGUGGGUGUCACCACCACCACCACCACCACCACCAUCACCACCACCAUCACCCGCAGCAGCAGCAGCACAAUCACACACCAGCUGGUGCCAGGGAGACGUCAGGCAACAGCAGCAGGGGAGAGAGUGACAGGCGGUUCGACGUGGGCAGUGGUACGGGUGGGGAGGAGGAGCGGGUGGCGGCGCAGGUGGAGGAGGUGGAGGAGGUAUCAGAGGAAGAGGCGAACAGGGCACUGAGCGAGGCGGUGAAGGUGGGGCAGUACGGCGUGCUGUUUGCUGCGCUGCGGCGCUGUGGCGGCAGUGCCAGCAGUGCGGUGCUGGACAGGGCGUGUGCGUGGCUCAUGGGAAAGAAGCGAGCGCUCAAGGCAAUUACCACCUCGGAAGCCUCGGCUAUUUUCCAUGUAAGGGCAAGCCUGGGUUUCCCUGUCCUUCUGUUCUCCUUUCUUUUCCAGUCAACGCAUCUGUACCAUUCUCUAUUAGGCUUGUUGGUGCGGGCUCAAUGA